AUGAUUGCGGAUUAUGUCUGGCUGCUGGUCGCAGAUCAAGUGCAGUAUCCUCGAGCCUUUUACUCGCUGUGUCUGGUGUCGAAACGGUUCAACGCCAUCUUCUCUCCGUAUCUCUACCAUCACAUCACCCUGUACGGCAUUCAUCUGAAGCAUCUGAGAUGUAUCAGCCAGUCCCCGUACAUCUCCUUUACGCGGUCUCUUCAAGUCUGUUGUUUGGACCUUUCUCUCGAUGGCCAGUGCUUCUUCGACAUGCUGGACCAGAUGGGCAAUUUACGGACAUUACAGCUGAGAGGAGUGGAAAUCCCCAAGACAGUCGAGGGAAGACAGAUCCUACACCGUCUGCAAAGUCUGCCACCACGUCUGCAAUCCCUGAGCAUCGAAGCAGACGAGUAUUCCUGGAAACCCAUCGACGACUUGUCUCUCCCCUGGUUCUUACCGGACACGCUCCGCCUCGGCCAUCUGGAACUGACGGCUCUCCCGUUGGGGUUCGUGGAGCGGAAUCUCUCCUCGCUGGCGGAUCUGCUAAAGACAUGGCCCGUCCAGCGUCUGCAGCUAAGCCUGGACCACGAGCCAUGGAGAAAGAACUCGCUUCUCUCGGAUCUGAUCGGCCUGUUCGAUGGAGACCAACCCCUUGCACUCCGAGACCUCCAUCUCGGCGCCGGAUUCCUCCCGUUGAAGCAGGGAGACAAUGGAGCGGACCUGGGCCAGUUGACGGAUCUGGCGUGUUUGGAGGUUCUGGGCCUGCAGAACGGCGACUGCGCAUACGACUCCAGCCUCCAUCUGUCCUCUUCUUGCGUGUCCUUGAUCCACGCGGCUAGGAGUCUGCAUACCCUCCGUCUGUGUCGGUUAAGCGACGAGAUGGUCGACUUCAUCACCUCGAUCAACAAGAAGAACAAGCCCAGCGUCGUGACGAGCCUUGUCGUGCAUGGGUUCCAGCAGUCUGCUGCGUGGCGCCGCUGCGGAACACACUGGAAGGGCAUCGGGCUGUCUGCUUCUUCGGAUCCGCAGCAGGAAGAGGAGAUGGAGAAGAUCGUGCAGGAGGUGAUUGUCAAGUGCGUCCAUCUGGAGGAACUGUGCAUUGCCAUUCCGUCGACGAAGAAAGAUCUGCUGUACACCUGUCUUGACGCUCUUCCAAAUCUGAGGCGUUUACACCUCCUGCCUGGCAAAGACGAUGACCGGGAUACCAUCGUCCAGGAGGUGUUUGUUCGCAAGAGGAGGUUAGUUGGCAGGGGACAUCAACCGCUCUUCUCGCUGGUGUACGGGAAUGAGUGUUUUGAGUAUCUCUGGGGGGAGCCGUACCAAGUAGUUGAUUGUGGGAGAUGGACUAUUCCUACAGCUUCAGUAUAA